UAUUUCCCAGAUGCUGUUGGAGUCAGUUAUGGCACAGAUGAGCUCAAACACUGGUGGACUAUACAGACAAAUUGCGAGGUGCCAAAAGAAACUGGACAUACUGCAGGGGUCUGAGUUCAACAGGACCAACUGUGCAGGCGGCUGUUACAUUGACACCAUUGAUCACCUCUGCUCCCCUGGGAGCUUGUCGUACGCUGGUCACUAUUGAUAGGAACUGGAAAGUCAAAGAAACGCAUCGAACACCUUCAGACCAAAAGCUGUAUAAAACAAUUGAAACGACUGGAUUCCAAAUGGAAAAAUCUCGGACCUGUAUCAAGUACCUCAUGUUUCUGUCCAAUACUUUAAUUUUUGCAGGGGGUACUUGUCUGCUGGGAGUUGGCAUUUGGGUUACAACCAACCCCAAUGGCUUCAAGAACAUUGUGACUGCAAACCCGUUGAUCUAUACGGGGGCUUACAUCAUCCUGUCAGUCGGGGUAAUUCUCUUCUUCCUAGGGUUCUUAGGUUGCUGGGGAGCCAUCCGAGAGAGCAAACAACUGCUUAUGACUUUUUUGCUGUUGAUUCUAAUCAUUUUCAUCCUGGAGCUGGUUGCAGCUGUCCUUGCUCUGGUCUUCAGAAAACAGAUAAGAAAAGAUUAUUUCUUAAAGGAAUUGCAGAUGAAGUAUAAAGGAGACAAUUCUACAGAUGCAUUUUCAAAAACCUGGAAUGCCAUUAUGAUGGACUUUUCCUGCUGUGGUGUAAUUGGGCCUCGUGAUUUUGGACAGAAUUCCACCUUCCAUGAACUCUUUCCCAAUAUGUUGCUACCUGAAGCAUGUUGUAAGAAGAACAGCACAACUCUUGUCUUUAUAGACAAGAACAGAUGUUUACAGGGAAAUUCUGACUGCAUAAACAACAAGGGAUGUUUCUCAAUGAUUGCGGAGAAUUUUCGGAAUUAUGUCCAUUUGGUUGGAGCAUUCAGUAUAAUUGUGCUGUUAAUUGAGCUUGGUGCUAUGGCUUUCACUAUCUUUGUGUACCGGACUUAUAACUAGUAAUGACCAAUGUCAGGUGGAAGGAACAAUGCCUCAGUCACUAUUGAACAAAGAGAGAAAGAAACAGACAGCAGAAACAUAUGCUGCACAAUGACUGGCGGAUGUGCGUAGCCAGCAGUGGUUUACUGAGCCUGCGUUCAAAUAGCACAUGAAAUUGGGUUUGAAAAGGAAUGAAGCAAACAUUAACGAAGAAAAAGAAUAAUCCAAGCCUUUUUAUAUUCUGUCCACACAAUUAUAAUCUUUAUUUUAGUCAUGUUAAGAAUGCGCUACUUAACAUUUUAACAGUGUUACUGCCCAUUAUUAAAUGGCUGUGUAGUGAGUUACCAAUGUAAUGUUGAGCUAAUUAUAUUACAGUCUAAUAGAUAAGGAUUGUAAUAUGAAUAUUCGUAUUUCUUCUUAUUGAAUAUUUGUAAUAUCUCAGUUGUAUUUUUGACCUUAAAGCUGAAAGUCUAUUGUGUACAUCUUUUUAUAGCUGCCCUUUUAAUUUAUUAUUCCCUUUCACUUUGCAACUUAUUACCCUCCCCCAACCACCCCCCUCGCCCCCGCUCUCUCCCUCUCCCCAAACAGAUGACCAGCUCCCCAACCUUGUGCUUUUAAAGUGGUUGUGAAAAAGGCAGGAGUUACAUGGGUCGCCUUGUACACUUCAGUUCCCAGACAACAGUACCCACACCCUUCCUCCACCUCCCAUUGGGAAAUCAGCUUGGCGACUUCCUCACGUAAACUUGCCUGCUGGGAAAAGAAACUUGCUAAAAGUCCUGUGCUCCAUCCCUCUGCAGGGCAGUGCAUUAUCAUGGCAGUAACAAACAGCAACAACCCUUGUAUGUAUGUUUCUUGCUGACACUGUGGAAACUGUGUGUUUUCCAUUGAGAUUUAUUUUUCAGUGUUAAUGGAGGGUGAUAUUCUAUUAUUUAGUCGUGCACUGGUUCUUUCUGUUGUAUUGGUUUGCACACACAUGAAACUAUAACUUUUGUGCAGAGUAUAUAAAAGCAGCAGCAGAGGGCAACAUAUUUUUAAAUACAUUUUGAUACUAUUUAUUAUGCAAUGUUCCCAAGGCUGGAAAGCCCUCUAAAUAUUGAACACUUUGAAAAAUAUCUAAAAUAUCUGGGCCAUAACGAGUUAAGGAUUUCACUGCUUACUGUCGUCAACAUCAGGAGGGGGUUUGUGAAAUUUUUCUUAUUAUUAUUUCUAGUGAAGUCAUCAACGUUCUUUUAGAAUUCUUACCCCAGUAUUUUCUUAUGACCUACACACCAGAGCGAGGAGACUUGGGUAUCUGAUACCAAGAUUAUCAACUGGACUUUCACAAACUUACAGAACAUGCUACAAUGCAUUUUUUCUCAUAUAGCAACUUGCCUAUCACUGAUUUGCCCUAUAAUGUCUUGAUUCUGACUUACUGCCCUUUUUAAAUAUUGACAUGACCCCAGUCUAUUGGAACUAUUGGAGGUGUUAAAUAAAUAAACCAAUACACAUAUAAUACAAACCCCAAAUUUUCAAGCACAUUAGAGUGAAUACCAUUGGGGUCAGCAGCCUGGGUUGUUUCAGAACUAUUUCUACACUCACUUCCACGUUUUAUAUUUUAGCAACAUCUCUACGUAACAGCACUGGCUCAGCACCAUCUUCAAUAGUGGAGACUAAUGCAAAGCAACAAUUUAUAAACUCAGCCAUAUCUUGGGACUCAAACCAAACUGAUCCUGCAGAAUCCUGUAGUGGCCCUUUGCCUUGCUAUUAAAGCAACAGUUAGUCACAACCUUCAUUUCCAUUGAUCUAAUGGCAAUUUGACAACAAAUUUUGGUGCCCUCAACUGAGCCAGAAUGACAUCUCAUUCAUUUGGCAGUUGUUUACCUAGCACCUGUUAAAAUAUUUCUGCUGCAAUUUGAUUAGUUCUUAACAUUACUAUUUAGCCACUUUGACUUUGCCUUGCCCUCCUUUAUUUUUAUCUGUGAUGUGAUUAUUUCUAUAAAAUUCUCCAGAUUACCUUACUCGUGGUAUAACUCCCAAAAACCACAAACUAACUUGUGGCAGUAGGAUAAGGGGAUAUAGGUUGGAACCAGGAAAAGGCAGAUUUCAGACUGCUACCUGGAAGUAUUUGACAAGAAGAGUAAUCAAUCUAUUUUGAAUGAACAGUAACAUAAAAGAAUCAGCUCGCUCUAAGAUUUAACAUGCUGGUGGCUUCUGCAAUGAUACAUAAGAGGAACCACUAGCUGAAUUCAUAUAAAUCAUGUGCCUGCCUAAUUUGACACAUUACUUGUAAACAUUAGGUUCUUGUUUAGUAUUUGGCAAAAAUAGAAGCAAAAUCAUUCACUUCAAAUACAAACAUCCUGCGUGAUUUAUUCAAAUAUGUUUCUGAUCAACAACUUCUUUUAAUAUCAGUUAUUCAAUUCAUUAAGUUUUUGUUAUUGGUUUGAAUGUAUUUACGGGCCUGUCGUUUUUAAUCGGUGGGUCUGGAAUCUUAAGAAAAGAAUUGAACCAUUACAUAAGGAAAUAACUUAAAUCACCAUUUCACACUGCAAUUGCAAGCUAUUAUACUUUACUAUCCAGAUGCUAACUAAGGUUACCAACAAUUGUAAAAAUAAAUUACUGCUGAAAUUCACUGGUUGUAUUACUAUUCAAUAAAUCUGGCGAACAGAUAAAGUUUAAGUAAAA